GUGUCUGUAAUGGACAUUGAAGCAACCCAGAUGCCCCAUCCAGACUGGAAUAAGAUGGCAGUACCACUGGUGUGUGUGUGUGCACCUGAUGCUUGUGCCAGGCCGUCUGCCUUCACCACUCAACAGCUCACUGGGAUGACGUCACCGGCCCGGCUAUACUAAUCAAGAUAGACACUAAUCCAGCUCUUCUAUAAAGCCCGUUUCCCUUUGCUUGAGGGGAGGAGGCAUCAAACUGGAAGGACGGUUCCCUCCGAUGAGGCCUGCAGAGGGGCAAUGCUGUGGGAGUUGCCCCCCUUUGCCCCCUAUUAUCAUACCCAGCAUGGAGCUUUGCACUGCCCAAGAGGAUGGCUGCUUUCCCACAGAUGGAUUGUUGGUGGUAACAGAAGCGCAAGCCAUGGAAGAAUUUACUGUACAGAGAAAAGGUGACAGACUUCCCUUUCAGAUCUUUCCAGACCCAGUGGAUGUAGUUUUGGGUUCAGACGGGACUCUUACAUGUGUACAACCAGGGAAGGAACGCUUGCCGUCUAUUGUGGUGGAGCCCACUGAUGUUAGUGAAGUGGAGAGUGGUGAGCUUCGCUGGCCCCCAGAGGACAUGAACUUUGAUGAAGAUGAAGAUCUGUUCCUGGAACAGUGCAUCCCACCUGCUAACAUCGCUGACUGGGGAGAGGAAGAGGAAGAAACAUCUGUCAUUGAAAACCACCCGCAGACCACAUCUCUAUUAGAUCUUCAUACAGAUGAGUUUCGGGAUGACACCCCGACUCUGCCUCCUUUAAACUAAACCCCGCCCACUGAACACCGCCACCUGCUCAGGGUCAGACUGUAGAUCACAGACUGUUAAAGCCUGCGCUGUUGGGCCUGAUCAGGGCGUGCUACAGGAAAUGACUCCAGGAUACUUUUCUGAAUAUAAACUCACCGACAUUUGAACAGAUCUUAUGUUUGAAAUGAGUGAGAUGAACAAAUGUGACUUUGUGACCGUGGUCUUAGCUUAAUCAAAGAAAAAAAAAACUGUGAUCACGGUAUGCAUUAUACAACAUAUAUUUUACUUUUUACAUCUUAAAGCAAUAGUUCACUUUGAAAUUAAAUUCUUAUAUGUUUUAGUUUACCUCAAGGGCAUCCAAGAUGUAGGUGUCUUUGUUUCCGUGGUAGUUCAACUUUUGAUGUUUUUAGGUCAAACCGUUGUUGUCUGUCAGUCAUAUAAUGCAGGUCAGUCACUUACUAAACGUUACCUCAAAGAGCAUGCACAGAGAAGUCCAAAUUAAACAACUGCCCAUCGUAAGUACACAUUGAUGGCCUAAGACACGAAACAAGUGGUUUUUGUGAGAAAACGAACACUAUUUAUAUUGUUUUUGCCUCUUGUACACAACCACGUUUGUGCUUAGUCUGCUCAUGCGCCGGAAGUGAUCGCUCGCGCGUGUACGUCACUCAUUGUUUACACAGAACAGAGAUUGUAGGUAAGACAGCUAAUAGACAUUGUACUAAUUUGGGCUCAUCCGGGAUGUUUAAACCGACGUAAAAGAAAACAAUUAAGUAUGCUCGCGCAAACUCAUUCAGGAGAUCACUUCUGGCGCAUGCGCAGACUAAGCACAGACGUGGUUGUGUACAAGGGGCAAAAACAAUAUAAAUAGUGUUUCGUUUUCUCACACAAACCGCUCGUUUCGUUUCUUAGGCCAUCAAUGUGUACUUACGAUGGACAGUUGUUUAAUUUGGACUUCUCUGUGCAUGCUCUAGUAAGUGACCAUAAACCUGCAUUAUUUGACUGACAGACAACAACGGUUUGACCUAAAAAUAUCAAAAGUGAAACUACCGCGGAAACCAAGGCACCUACAUCUUGGAUGCCCAUGGUAACACGGUCUCACACCCAUGGCGUCAAUAUUUGACGACACUUGACCAUGCGUCAAUAUGUUGACGCGGAGGGUAUACCUUUCGCGUCAUUUUUUGACGAACUGGGGACUUCAAUACUAUUAGGUACGCGAAAUUAAACAGUUGUCGCCUGGCAUCAUGAGGUAAGCUAAAACAUAUCAAAAUUUAAUUUCAAAGUGAACUAUCCUUUUAAAUAGUUUUAUUUACAACUUAAGUCCAUUCUUUUGUCUGUAAUAAAGCAUAUCUAACUACAUGCUGUCAAGAGUGUGAAAUGUUGAUGUUGCUGUGUUUUGCAGUCAGCAUUUUGGCAUUCCCCAUUACCACAUAGUUAAAAUGAGAACUUAAAUUUAGUUAUAAAAGGGGAAGAAACAUAAUGUUAACACACCUUUAAGUAGCCAUAAGCAUGUGAUCUAUUAAACAUCAUUAGUGGGGAAGUUACAGUAAAAAUUAUAUUUUCUAGUUAUCGUAGUUUUUUCCCAAUUUUACUGUGACCAUCAGAUGUACCUCAGAGCAUAAAUAAUAACAAAUAAACAAAAACUGGUUUCAAA